UUUGUAGUAGCUGUCUCAACAGCCGUGAAACACCACCACACUCUUCCAUCAACUCACAUUUUGAUCGAUUCAUUACUUUCUUUUUUCAUGGGAUGUUCCUAAUUUUUACCACAACCCAUUUUAUCUAACUACUGUCUUCUUGAACUCGAGAUGUCCAUUUGUGUACCCUUCAAUCGAUUCACACUCCAAUCACCAAAGGGUCAAAGCUUCACGAUACCUCUUUCUUGUCAUUCCAUCAAUCAAAUUCAGGUACACUCACUCUCUCCUCUAAAUUUGUCAAAACCCUGUAAAUUUAGCAGAGAAAGACUCAAACCCAUCUCAGUUUCAACCACCCAAACUGUUAAAACCCCCAAAUUUUCAUUCAGAGACAAAAACCCUAAAGAAAUUAAUGUAUUUGUUGUGGGUUCAACCGGGUGUAUUGGAAAUUUUGUAGUUAAAGAGUUAGUUAGCAGAGAAAGACUCAAACCUAUCACAGCCUCAACCACAGAGACUGUUGAAACCCCCAAAACUUCAUUCAGAAACAAAAACCCUAAAGAUAUUAACGUUUUGGUUGUGGGUUCAACUGGGUAUAUUGGAAAUUUGGUUGUUAAAGAGUUAGUUAAAAAAGGGUUUAAUGUUGUAGCCAUUGCCAGGGAAAGGAGUGGUGUUGGGGCUAGAAAUAGCAAAGAAGAUACCUUAGAACAGUUAAAAGGGGCAAAUGUGUGCUUUUCAGAUGUGACCCAAUUGGAUUGUUUAGAAAAAAGUGUUGAGAAUUUAGGGUUUUCAAUUGAUGUUGUUGUGUCCUGCCUUGCUAGUCGAACCGGUGGUGUCAAAGAUUCAUGGAAGAUUGAUUAUGAGGCAACAAAGAACAAUCUUGUUGUUGGUAGGAACCAUGGGGCUUCGCAUUUUGUUUUGCUAUCUGCAAUUUGUGUACAAAAGCCCCUUCUCGAAUUUCAGCGUGCAAAGCUGAAAUUCGAGGCUGAAUUGAUGAGAGAAGCCGAGGAAGAUGACGGGUUUACUUACAGCAUUGUGAGGCCAACGGCAUUUUUCAAGAGUCUGGUUGGACAGAUAGAAAUGUUGAAAAAUGGGAAGCCUUAUGUUGUGUUUGGGGAUGGGAAUUUGUGUGCUUCAAAGCCGAUUAGUGAGCCUGAUUUGGCUUCAUUUAUUGUGGAUUGCAUGUUGAGUGAGGAUAAGAUUAACAGGGUUUUGCCCAUUGGUGGGCCGGGGAACGCGUUGACGCCAUUUGAUAAGGGGGAGAUGCUGUUUAGAAUUCUAGGAAAAAAGCCCAAAUUUUUUAGAGUGCCAAUGCAAAUAAUGGAUUUGGUUAUCGGUGUUCUUGAUUUUAUUGUUAGAAUAUUUCCUUCUAUGGAAGAUGUUGCUGAGUUUGCGAAAAUCGGGAGGUAUUAUGCUGCUGAGAGCAUGUUGGUUUUGGAUCCUGAGACCGGAGAUUACAGUGCUGAGAAAACACCAAGUUAUGGGAAGGACACAUUGGAAGAAUACUUUGAGAGGGUGAUCAGGAAUUAUAGGUUGUAAAAGUUUGUGAAUUUGAAUAUUCGAUUGAAUAUACCAGUUUUGUCCCACAGUGUGUUUAAGGUAUGCAGUUCUUUUCUCUUGCAAAUGAUUGGUCUUUGGAAAAGUUUGCAACAUUCAAAACAAAUUUAUAUUGGGAAUGCCUAGUCAUUCUUCAAUAUUAUGCU